ACUUCUGCUGAGCGGCGAAAAAUUUAGAAGCGGAUGUAUUUGCGUUGACAGAGUGGAACUUCCUAGUCUUUUUCACUUUCUGGGGAGAAAUAGAUUUAUAUUACCUGAAUACUGUUUGAGGUUUAAUCCUUUGUACUUGAAGAAGAAAUUUAACAAUAAUACCUACAUCCGUUUUAGGGGAAGACAUCAAACGGAAUCCAUGGUGGUAAAUUCGAUACAUUGGUUUCGCAAGGGACUGCGAUUGCACGAUAAUCCGGCUUUACUAGCAGCUUUGAAUGGAGCGGACACCGUGCGAUGUGUUUACAUUUUGGAUCCCUGGUUUGCCGGUUCUACCAACGUUGGAGUGAAUAGAUGGAGAUUUUUACUGGAGUCACUGGAAGAUCUGGACACCAGUUUAAGAAAACUUGGUUCAAGGCUCUUUGUAAUUCGUGGUCAGCCUGCAGAUGUCUUUCCUAGAUUGUUCAAGGAGUGGAACACAACACGCUUGACCUUUGAGUAUGACUCUGAACCUUUUGGAAAAGAAAGGGAUGCAGCAAUUAUAAAGUUUGCAGAAGAACUUGGAGUUGAAACUGUGGUGAAGAAUUCCCAUACGCUUUACAAUCUUGAUAGAAUCAUUGAGCUGAACAAUAAUAGCCCUCCUCUGACAUACAAACGUUUCCAGGGCAUUAUUAGCCGUCUAGAACCUCCAAAAAAGCCAGUGGCAAGCUUGACAAAAGAACAGAUGCAAAAAUGCCCAACAGACAUCCCUGAGACCCCUUAUGAAUGCUUUAGGGUACCUUCUCUUGAUGAACUGGGCUUUAAAACGGCUACCCUUAGUCCUUCUAUUUGGAAAGGAGGUGAAACUGAAGCUCUGCUACGUCUGGAAAAGCACUUAGAAAGAAAGGCUUGGGUGGCCAGUUUUGAAAGACCAAGAAUUAAUGUGAACUCACUUAUUGCCAGCCCCACUGGUUUAAGUCCAUACCUGAGAUUUGGCUGUUUGUCAUGUCGUACAUUUUAUUACACCUUACUAGAGCUGUACAAAAAGGUGAAAGGAAACCGGAGUCCACCUCUAUCAUUAUUUGGGCAGUUGCUGUGGCGGGAGUUCUUUUACACUGCAGCAACCAAUAAUCCAAAAUUUGACCGAAUGGAAGGCAACCCCAUUUGUGUGCAGAUACCCUGGGACAAGAAUCCAAAGGCACUGGCCAAAUGGGCAGAGGGUCAGACAGGGUAUCCCUGGAUUGAUGCAAUUAUGAUUCAGUUAAAACAAGAGGGCUGGAUUCACCACUUGGCUAGACAUGCUGUGGCCUGUUUCCUAACCAGAGGGGACCUUUGGAUCAGCUGGGAGUGUGGGAUGAAGAUCUUUGAUGAACUGUUACUUGAUGCAGAUUUCAGUGUAAAUGCUGGAAGCUGGAUGUGGCUUUCCUGCAGUGCCUUUUUUCAACAGUUCUUUCACUGUUACUGUCCAGUGGGCUUUGGUAGGAGAACAGAUCCAACUGGGAACUUUAUCAGGCAUUACAUUCCAAAACUGAAAGACUUUCCAAACCGAUAUAUUUAUGAGCCUUGGAAUGCUCCAGAUACAGUCCAGAAGGCAGCUCAUUGCAUCAUUGGCAUAGAUUAUCCCAAACCGAUGAUCAGUCAUGCUGAGGCCAGCAGACUCAACAUAGAACGAAUGAAACAGAUUUAUCAGCAUCUCUCUCACUACAAGGGUCUAAGUUUACUUGCUUCUGUACCCACUGUUUCAGAAGAAAUUGAUUUGGAAUACUGCAAUAAGCACAGCAGCAUGCCAGGUAAAGUUUCUCCACUUGGCAAACGUGACAGACCACCUGACCUGGAAAUUGAUGAAAAAUGCACAGACCCCAAGGUUUCAUGUUCACACCUAAUGGAAGGAAAUUUUGAACAGUAAGGUUAUAGCCAGCAAGCAUUUUACCUGAGGCAGAAUAAUUUCUUCUACGAAUGUCUACCUGCAGUUGGGCAACAUGUCAUCCUGCAGCUUUCCUCUCACUUAAAGGAAAAACAAUCUUAAGCAUUUUGGAUCUUUCUGUUAUAUGUGUGAUGUACACAAUUGCUAUAUACUUGUACAGCAAGAGAAAAAUAUUUUUGAGUAAUGAGCCUAGUGCUGUUUGUUUCAAAAUUAGCCUAAAAUGUCCUACGGACAAAAAAGAAAAAUUUAAGUGGAGUCAAAGUUACUGCAGUGGUAUAGUUUAGAACAUGCUGUAUGCUUCAGGAAAAAUGAGCCUGAAUGACUUCUGUGGAUUGUACAGCUGGUUAUUCUUUCUGAGUGGUGAGAAGGUGUGCAAAAUAUAUUUAGUAAUUGCCUAGAUUCAGUAUUCUGCAUCAUUCUAAAGCACUAAUGACACAUUUAAUAUUUACCUUUUAAUGUUUAAAACUGCAAUUAUCAAAACUAUUAAUUUAAUGGCAUUCUCUGCAAUAAAGUACAGCUUUACAUGUUCUGAUGACAUUUUAAUACACAUAUCUCAUAUAAAUCUAGAAUAUACUACAAAUUAGUCUGUUCUUUUUUGAUGUCAAAAGUUUAUCAAAUACACAUUCUAAUAGACAAUAAGUGCUAUUGAAAACAUUUGCUGGAGAAAAUUCUCAGUGAUGAUAUCAAAUUCAAUCAGCUUCUGAAUGCCUACUUUUUGGAAAUAUCCUGAUAAAUGUUUUGGGGGCUUCUUAAUUCUGUUAAAUGAUGGUUAUGUAUGUUUUAUUUCCUUUUUUCUAGUUUAAAAUAAACACCAUGACAAGAUUUUAAAUUGUUUAGUAGCAGCACAACAUAAUGGCAUGAUGCCAAUAGGAAUACAUUAUACCAUAAAAUAAUCAGUUAUUGCAAAAUUCUCUGAGUUUGUUCAACAAUGUAAGAAAGUGUUAUUUUCUCAGAAAACUAUUUUUAAAAUAUAAUUUGAAAUAUGAUUGGUUUUAGAAUGUUGAAAAUGUACAAACUUUCUGUCAAUGUGUGUUUGUAAAAUAAUAUGUUAAAUGAUUUUUUUCUGCAGGGAAAACAGGAAACAUUGGUUACUUAUUUUUUUACUGUUUGAAUAAGCAGUUAAUAAAAUAUUUAAAUUAUUUUUUUAAGUUUAAAAUGUAAAAUGCUUGCAAUAAAUUCUAUGUCAAUGUGUUUCAAUAA